UUUGGGGGAGAUGGCCGAUUUGUGGAGUGCUUCAUCGCCGAGCAAAACAUGGCGGGGGUGGCCAUUGGGGCGGCCACGAGAGCACGGACUGUGGUGUAUGCCAGCACAUUCGCUGCAUUCUGGACUCGUGCUUUUGAUCAGAUACGGAUGGGGGCAAUAUCCAUGUCCAAUGCUAAUUUUGUGGGAUCCCACGCGGGGGUGUCGAUAGGGGAGGAUGGGGCGUCCCAAAUGGCCCUCGAGGAUAUCGCCAUGUUCAGAAGCAUUCCCAAUUCCACCGUCUUUUAUCCAAGAGAUGCCGUGUCCACCGAAAGGGCUGUCGAAUUGGCUGCCAACACUCCGGGCAUUUGCUUUAUUCGCACAUCCCGUCCUAAUUUCCCCGUCAUCUACGACAACGCGGCCUCCUUCAGUGUGGGGCAGGCUCGGGUGGUGAGAAGCAGUGGUGACGACGUGUGCACGGUGGUUGCGGCAGGGGUCACGCUCGUGGAGGCAAUGAAACUCGGGCAAACUCACCCGGAAUUGCCCCUUCGAGUGAUUGACGUGUUUACUGUCAAACCACUCGACGUCGCUGCCAUCAAGUCGGCUGUUUCUGCCACCAACGGACGUCUGGUGGUUGCCGAGGAUCAUUAUCCUGAGGGUAGGCCAGCCUGUUAAUUCGCAGGGGGACUCGGGGAGGCGGUGGCCUCUGCCCUUGUCGGAGUGGCAGGAAUUCAGAUGAGGCAUUUGUGCGUGCGGGAGAUUCCCCACAGUGGCCCUUCCCUCGAUUUGCUUGACAAGUAUGGAAUCUCUGCAGAGUGCAUAUACGAGGCUGCUCAGUCUGUUCUCUGUUAGCUUAUUGGAUUUGGUUGUUAUUUCAAUUAA